AUGAAAAUGCGGAACAGAUUAUGUACUCUAGUAUUUGGUGAGAUACAGCUAAAAGCUCCCCCGAAUAAUGACAAAGAAAAAAAAUCUACCUUUUCAACGAAUACAGACAUAAAAACAAAUGUAGUUGAUCAUGUUCUAAUUUUUAUGCUACAGGGAUUAACAGGAAAUUACAAGCAACCUUUGUCAUAUUCGUUUUCAGAGGGACCCACAAACUAUGUAGAACUUGCUAAUUAUAUUAAAAAUGUCAUACAAGAACUACAUACAGCAGGUUUCAAAGUUUUGGCCACUCUAUGUAACAUGAAUUCCAACAAUCAACAGGCUAUUCAAAUACUAAGAGAGGAAACAAGUAGCAGGUGUUCCAGUGAAUGUUUUUUUGUAAUUAAUGAUGAUGAAAUUGUUCCUCUAUAUGACCCUUCACACUUAUUGAAAGAUCUUCGAAAUAACUUACUAACAAAAAAUUUACAAUAUGAAAUUGGACAAGAAUCUGGCAAAGUGGCAAAAUGGUCACAUAUGCAGUUGUUAUAUGAUGAAAAUCCUGGAUAUGCAAAUAAUAGCUUGAUACCUAAAUUGACAGAAAACCAUGUGGUGCCUAUGAAAAUUAACAAAACAGAAGUGAAGUAUGCAAGUCAAGUAUUCAGCAGAAGUUUGGCAGUACUCAUGGGAUAUUUGGCAGAACAAGGGGUUCUUCCUGCCGAAUGCACCGAGACUGCAAAUCUAUUUUUGUUUCUGGACAGCUUAUAUGACUCUGUCAAUGGAAGUCGCAACAAAGAUAACAAACACAAACCUUUAUUGGGACCUGUAACUCCAAGAUCAGUACACAGAAAAACAUGGAGAGAAUCUUUAAUAGCCCUGGAAUCUAUGCAUUUUAUUAAUAAUAGGAAAAUUGAAUCCACUACUCCUACCAUACAGGGAUGGAUUGCUACAUUAAAGGGUGUCCAAAAACUAACCACAAAAUUACAAACCGAUCACAGAAUUACUUCCUUUUGGAUGCAAUAUUUAAAUCAAGAUGAACUCGAAAGAUUUUUCGAAGCUAUAAUAAGACAAAUAAAUCAAGAAUGCUAUACUUACUCAUUGGUACAACAAUUUCAAAUGGCCUUUAGAGAAGCUUUAGUAAGAGGUUCAAUUAGUGUCAAUUCAUCAAGUAGCAAUUCUGACGAUGAUGGGUCUACAAUCUUCUCUAAAUAUAUGGUAGAUAUUCAAGAAUUUGGAGUCACUAGUGAAAGUUAG